CUGGCACUGCCACUGAUGCUGGUAUCGACGAAGGCCGAAGCUCAGGGACUUAAAUCAGCUCGUCUUCUGGAUAACGUAAUCAGGGACUACGCCCUUCGGUCAUACAACAAGAACAUCAGAACAGGGAUCUCACACUCCGUGCAUCUGCCGGGAAACCUCUCCGGCGUCAGCGCCGAUACGGUGAGAUUCCGGUGCGGCAGUCUCAAUCGGUACGGCGCGCAGGUUAAGGAAUUCAAUCUGGGUGCUGGAUUAACCAUUCAUCCUUGUGUGGAGAGAGUCAUAAUCGUCAGGCAGCGCCUCGAGAAGAACUGGUCCUCUCUGCAUUUCAGUAAUUACGAAUUACCGGGAUAUCAACUCGUUUCCCCUGUUUUGGGCCUUCUGGCUUACAAUGCCGGCGACGAUGUCGAUGCCACCAGCCCAUUUGAUGUCGAAAUUCUCCCCGGGAAGAACCCCAUUAAAAUAGAUUUCAGCAAGGUCGCCGGCAGCGGUACACCGGCCGGUGCCUCGCCAUCGUGUGCCAGUUUUGGAGACGACGGGAAGGUGAGAUUGACAGACCAGGUGUCGCCGGACGUGUGUGUUGCGACGAGGCAGGGGCAUUUUUGGUUGGUCGUGGAGACUCCGGCACCGGAGCCGGCGCCGUCGGAGCUGAGGAAGAGGGUGAGCCGGGGAAAAAUGGCAUUCGGGAUCUCAAUUGGAGCCACUCUGGGCGCGUUUCUUAUAUCUUUGCUUCUGGUGGCAAUGUUCGUCAGAGUGAAGCAGAAGUCAAGAAUGGAGGAAUUGGAGAGGAGGGCUUACGAAGAGGAAGCUCUGCAGGUGACAAUGGUGGGGCACGUCAGGGUUCCAACUGCGCCGGCCAGUCGAACAGUGCCGGCGAUUGAGCAUGAAUACAGGGAGAGAUGUCUCUGCAAAUUCACGAUGGGAACAGUGAUUUUGGGGACUGCCAGGGGAGAAUAGUACCCAAGUUGGGGAAUGAGAGAAGAUUCAGAACUGGCAAAGACGACCAAAAGGCAG